GAAACUUUGAAGUUGCGGCUCAGAGUGUAUUGCGCUUGUCCGUGUGCUUUUCAGCCCAAGAAGAAGGCCUGACAGCAGAAGAUGCAACAGCCCGGCCAACAACACUGUAAUUGCAGCGACUGUGCACGCCGUGCUGCCUUAUCAGGGGGAGCUCCCAGAAUGAGUCAGGCACAAAUGCAGAUGGCGCCAGGUACGAUGGUGCAACAACCAGGCCAACAAUGCAAUUACAGCGACUAUGCGCGACAUGCUGCCUCAUCAGCGAUCUCUCCCAGAAUGAACCAGGCACAAAUGGAGAUGCCAACACAAGGUAUGAUGAUGCAACAGCCAGGCCAACAGCUGAUGCAACAGCCAGGCUUGGCAGGGCAACAACACUGCAAUUGCAGUGACUGUGCACGACGUGCUGCUUCAUCAGCAGGAGCUCGAAGAAUGAGUCAGGCACAAAUGGAGAUGCCAACACAAGGUAUGAUGAUGCAACAGCCAGGCCCGCCAGGGCAACAACACUGCAAUUGCAGUGACUGUGCACGACGUGCUGCUUCAUCAGCAGGAGCUCGAAGAAUGAGUCAGGCACAAAUGGAGAUGCCAACACAAGGUAUGAUGAUGCAACAGCCAGGCCCGCCAGGGCAACAACACUGCAAUUGCAGUGACUGUGCACGACGUGCUGCUUCAUCAGCAGGAGCUCGAAGAAUGAGUCAGGUUUUGGCGCCUGAAGAGCGCGGCGAGCGGGUCGGGCAGCCUUCAAUUGGACGCCGAAGCAGCUCUCCACAAAUUUCGGCGAUGGCACAACCAUAUUCACCGUAUGCACCUCUCCAGUCACAUCGUUCACCGGAAGCUCGUGAAGCUCGCCGCGACUAUUUUGGAGAUACGGUUGGCAAAAAGCUGAUUGACAGUUAUUUGCAGCCGAUCGGAUCCUUUGAUGGUGAGAUGCUCGCACGGAGCGAGGCAGGUUCAAGACGCAGAACCUCAAGUUUCGAUGCUUGCUUCGACCGCGCUGGACAGGAACGCCUGGCCAAGUUGAUGGAGAAACAACGGCGACCCCUUCCACAAGACUUUAUGCAACUUGAUGGUGUUCCUGGCCAAAGGUCCCGCUCCUCAUGCCCUCAAAGCUGGGGUUCAAUUUGCAAGAUUCAGCGAUAUCUUGAUUUCUUUCGCACUAUUUUGAUUCCUAUUAGGGAGGCCAUCACUAGUAGGUUGGAGGCCAUCGCUUCUAUUUUUGAUUUGUUUCCCCUUGGUUUAGUUUGCCCUGUCUUCGCCUCGAGGCCAUAUCAUUCUUUGCAGAGCUCUCCUUUCAGGUCCGACGCGAAGGACAUGCCGCCCACGUUGCUGCAAAACCCACGUGCCGUUCAAGCGCAAUGUGGGUGCGCUGACUGCCAACGGCAUGUCAGCGCCAUGGGAUCUUUCGGAGACCAAGGCCUUCGAGGCAUGCCACGGGAAGGCGUGCCACUUGUUCAAGGUCUACGAUGAAAAUGGGUGAUUGGUGGGCAAAGGCUUGCUAAAGGCAACUGCCUGAGCAGACUUAUACAAUCUCUGGAAAAUCAGAGGCCACAAUUCAUCCCCAAAGCGGGGAUGGCGACAGGAGUAGCAAAGGGCUGCAGAACUCAAGAAUAUGGUCAACAAGAACUGCC